AUGACAAAGAUUAGUCCUGAAAUUGAAACUAUGAUGCCAAUGGAAGCAGUUCCGCCUGUUUCAGCCGAUGUGAGCUUUAUUUCUAAUAGUUUUCCGAAGUAUAAACUUGGAGCUGACCAUCAAGUUUUUCAAGAGCCUGCUGAGGAUAACCAUGGUCCUUCUUUGAAAGAUGUUAUUGAAGAAGAAGCUUCCAAUUUGUCUGACCAGAACAAGCGUAUCUCAGUUCGUGACCUUGCCAGUAAAUUUGACAAGAACUUGUCUGCAGCUGCUAAGUUGUCGAAUGAGGCAAAGCUAAGAGAGUUACCAUCUUUGGAGGGACAUGUUCUUUUGAAAAAGCUAAGAGAUGCAUUAGAAUCUUUGAAAGGCCGUUUUACGGGAAGAAAUAAAGAGGAUGUGGAGAAAGCUAUCUCAAUGGUGGAAGCUUUGGCUGUUAAGUUGACUCAGAAUGAAGGAGAACUGAUUCAGGAAAAGUUUGAAGUGAAAAAGCUUGUGAACUUUCUCAAACAGGCUUCUGAAGAUGCUAAAAAGCUGGUUAAUCAGGAGAAGUCUUUUGCCUGCGCCGAAAUUGAGAGUGCUAGAGCAGUGGUGCUGAGAAUCGGCGAAGCACUUGAGGAACAAGAAAAAGCUAUCCAAGCUUCUAAACCACAGGAUGUGGAUGGGUUAGUAGAAGAGGUUCAAGAGGCUAGAAGAAUCAGAUUGCUGCAUCAGCCAAGCAAGGUUAUGGCCAUGGAAUAUGAACUUCGUGCUCUAAGGGAUCAAAUUCAAGAAAAAUCUAUAUUUUCAAUUCAGCUUCAGAAAGAGCUAACAAUGAGCAAGUGGGACAAGGAGAAUAAAUCUCAUUCAUAUAAGUUAGACGGUUCUGAAGCUUUGGGUUCAUGCUUGCAAGUCAAGCCAUGCUCGAACGAAGUGCUGCAGGUUUCAAAAUGUUCGUUCCAGUGGUAUCGCCUGUCAUCUGAAGGCAGCUGGAGGGAAGUUAUUUCAGGUGCCGACAAAUCAAUAUAUGCUCCUGAUCCCCUUGAUGUUGGGAGAAUGUUACAAGUGGACAUUGUAUCCAAUGGCAAGAAACUCACAUUAACAACUAAUCCCAUUCAAACCGUUGCAGGACUCGGAAGCCAUGUGGAAACACUUCUCCGAAAAUCCCAUACUGAUUUUAAUGUAGUUAUUUCUCAGAUGAAUGGAAAAGAUCACUCAUCACAUUCUACUCAUUCAUUCAAUGUGGGGAGAAUGAGGAUAAAGCUAUGUCGGGGCUGGAUUACAAAAGCUAGAGAGAUUUACUCUCCAACGAUGCAGCUAUGCGGAGUCAGAAGUGAUGUCGGUAAUGCAGCAAAGACGUUAUUUUGGCAAGCAAGAAAAGGGCUAUCAUUUGUGUUAACCUUUGAAUCAGAGAAAGAAAGAAAUGUUGCCAUUAUGAUCGCUAGAAAACACGCUCUUGAUUGCAAUGUUGUGCUUGCUGGGCCAGAUGAUCUAGUGUAG